UGUGUUUAAAGUGAUUCUAAAUGUUUGUUUAUUUUUUGCAAAAAUUACAAACAUGUCUAUACUUACCUGCUUCAUGCAGUAGUUUUGCACAGAGCAGCCUGGGUUCUUCUCUUCUCGUGUCCCCUGCAGGCACUCCUGGCCUCUCCCUCCUGUUGGGUGCCUCCACAGCAAGAAGCUUGCUAUGGGGGCACCCACUGCUCUGUGUGCCCGUUCACACAUGGAGCAGCAGUUCAGCCCCUCCCUUCUCUCUUCUUGUUAGCUGACUGGCUGUAAUUGACAGCAGUGAGAGCCCAUGUCUCCCACUUCUGUCUCAGCUAGUGAGAAGAGGGAGUCUCGGGAUAGCCAAGACUCCAGUGCACAUCGCUGGAUCGAGAUGGGGCUUAGAAUGCAUGAAGGUAAAACACUUUGAGCCUUUAGAACCACUUUAA